UUGGGAGAUAGGGAAUGCCCGUUAGUUGCGUCUGCCGAUAAUAGCACAUCAGGCAGAGCGCUGCUAUUGGGAGAGCAGAGCGCAGGCAGUGCAGAGGACUGAGCCGCUGAGCACAGAAUGGUACAGUAGAGCACAGAAUAGACCGAGGGAGGAGAGAGAGAGAGAGAGAGAGAGAGCAUCACAGCAGGUUGGGACGGCUUAAAGGAGAGUAAAGGAGCAGAGCAGUGGACAGAGGAGGGAAGAAAAGUUACCAGGUCAGCAAGUGAACGUGGAGGUGAGCCUCAGCAGGGUCCCACUCCCACUGGAGCGAGACGGCACAACAAUCAGCAGCCCAGGAGGAGAGUGGAGAGUGAUACUACGGACAAGGCAGGAGACAGGGAGUACUACAACUUCCUCCCAGAAACAUUAUUUUUUAAAAAAGGGUAAUGCUUCUGCACAGAUUCUUCAGGAUUAUCUGAGAAAGACAGCAGCAGCAGGAGCAGGAGCAGGAGGCAGAAGAGUGUGUGAGCAGUGGUGCUCUGCUCUCUUCCAUACUGGAGACUUUCUUAUCACACACACACUCUGUUCAACUGUGUACUUUGAGGUGGAUGUGUUUCUAUUGGACUUUUUUUGCUUCAGAGUGAAGCGCUGGAGAUCUGGAGGGUGAAUUGCUCUGUCCUGUCAUCUCUGAGACUAUGGUAGACUGUGCGUCAGGAAGCCCUUCAUCAUCAGCUGCAGCCCUAGAGCAUGGAGAAGUCUAGCAGUGAGGAAUCAGCCAUUCACCGUAGCCCUUCCAUAGAUAGCCGAGACUCAGAUUUUCCUCAAGCCUCCACUUCUGGCCGCCCCUUUGGCGGUCGCGGCUUCACUGCCGGCGCAUUCUACGGCUCCACGGGGCCGCGCAAAAACACACAGCAGGGGCAAACUGGAACGGCUGCAGACGCCAGCGCAGGAGACAAGACCAACAACAAGUACAGCUCUCCCAAAGGCAGCAAAUACGUAGUCUUUUACCUGGAUCUAUCCUUUGUGUUCCUUUUAGAAUUCAAGAAGUGCAACAUGGCGAGAGGCUGCCUUUGCUGCUUGAAGUAUAUGAUGUUCAUCUUUAAUCUCAUCUUCUGGUUAUGUGGCUGUGGGCUGCUCGGCGUGGGCAUCUGGCUCUCUGUGUCUCAGGGCAGCUUCGCCACCUUCUCACCCUCAUUCCCCUCACUGUCGGCUGCCAACAUGGUCAUCGCCAUCGGUGCCAUUGUCAUGGUAACAGGCUUUCUCGGUUGCCUGGGUGCCAUCAAGGAGAACAAGUGCCUGCUUCUGAGCUUCUUCAUUGUCCUGCUGAUAAUUCUCCUGGCAGAGCUGAUAUUGCUCAUCCUGUUCUUUGUGUACUCAGAUAAGGUGAGUGAGAAUGCGAAGAAGGAUCUGAAGGAUGGGCUCGCUCUGUACAACUCAGAAAACAACAUAGGCCUGCGAAACGCCUGGAACAUCAUCCAGGCAGAGUGGAAGUGCUGUGGUGUGAUUGCAUACACUGACUGGCACGAGGCCUUGAAGGAGAAAGUAGUUCCUGACCGCUGCUGCCAGGAGCAUUACCAGAACUGUGGACGGAACUCCACCAACAUGUUCUGGAAUAGGGGUUGCUUUGAGAAAGUGGAGGAAUGGCUGGAUGACAACAAGCACCUGCUGGGAACCAUAGGGAUGGUCAUCUUGGUAGUGCAGCUCCUGGGCAUGGCGUUCUCCAUGACGCUGUUCCAUCACAUCCACAGAACGGGGAAAAAGUAUGACGCUUAGCCUCUGGGGGGAGACACCCAAUGGAGAGGAGCCCCACUGCCUGAUGGGAUAAGACUCUGAUCGAACCCCUACGCUCCUGCUUCCCUUCACUUUAUAACCUCUUCUAGAGCAUCCUUUACCCCCCCACCCCCCUCGCCCCCGCCCUUCCAGACCUUAUGUACAGAUUCCAGCUGUGCCCCCCCCCGCCCAACCCCCCCAGCUCCAUUCUGCGCUCACCAUUCAUUUUGCCAAAGAGUAACAUAACUGGAAGCAAAGGGACAGCUACUUUUGGCAAAGGACGAGAAUCCCAUUGGUUGUCACUCCUCUUAAGUGCAUUUUUCCUUCUUUUUAUUUGUUCUUCUUGUUUUAUUGUUGUUGUUUUUUUUUUUUUGUUUUUUUUUUUGCUUGGACUAACAAAAUUGCUGGAAGAAAAGAAAGACUCUGAGACAAUGAAAACUUUACUAAUGCCCACACACACACACCCCAAUUUGAGGGAAAGAGAAUAUAUGAAACUGUUAAUAUCCUCCACUUCUUAUGGAGUCCUUUUUUUUUUUUUUUUUUUGUCUUGUAUUGAUUCAAGUCAACAAGCCCCCCCCCCCCCACCAUUUAUCCCUUGUAAAUGUUCCAACAUGGCAUGCUAGUUUUCUACUUCACUGACUUUGUUGAAAUGUCAAAAUGUUUUGGUUUAAUAGUUUCGUUGGGUUUUUUUUUUGUAUGUAAGUAUGUCAUCGAAUGGGUUUUGUUUUGAACAGAUCGGUGCGAAGGAGCUCAAAGGCAUGCAGUGUGUGCGCGUAAAUGAAUCUGAUAUUAGGUUGCUAGGGAGGAGCAGAUAUGUCGGGAUGGCAUCCGUGACUCAUAUUUUUUUUAACAUUUUGGGGGGGAAGUGAUGGAAGAUGGAAGAUGGAAGAACGUCAUAUGAGAUAUAAGUGUGAGGAAUUGUCAGUGGGUUCAUUUUUUUAAUGAAUUCUGCAGUAUCCAUUGAAUAAUAAAUUGUAAUGCAAAAAUCUGCCUGUGAACACAAACACAUACUUUGUACUGCCACGCUGCUGCAGUAUUCCCGUUCCCUGUGAGACAAUACAAAUGGUGUAAAAUGCCUGUUUAUUAGGGCUCCACCAGGACUGUCAAGUGAAGAGAUCUAGGUGAUUAAGUUCCCCCCAUUGAGAAUACAGACUGAAUUUCGUGUGUCUGCUUUAGCUUUGAAAGUGUGUUUUAUCAUACAGAAGGAGAAAAAAAAAAAAAAAACACACUUGCACAGAAAAGCAAGGGCACAAGGGGCAAAAACAGAGCAGACAUGUUGUCUGGGCGCUGCCAUCAAUUGUGUUAGCAGAGGCGGCUAGAGCCUUUCUCUUCUAUAUUCUUGAGAUCUCAUCUAUUUGUACUGUUCUCCUCAUUCUUUUCCCCUCUCUUGGCUGUCAACUGUCCCUGCCUCCAUCUUUCCCUUUUUCUCACCCCAAUUUUCUUCCCACAUGACACAAAGCGAUGAGCUUCAUGCUCUACACGUACAAGCAACAUCUCUGCUGACAUUCCCGCUCAUCACUGCAGUUACACCUUCGGUUUGCGACUUCUUCGAUUUUUUUUUUUUUUUUUUAUUCGUACGCCUCUUCUCAGUUUCAGCCACAGAGGGAAGAAAUAUGGGGGAGUGUAGGCAGAUCAAAGCUAAGACAGAUAGGUAUGGCAACAUGCCCUGUAGGACACGUCUGUUUACUGCCGAUUCGCUGCAGGAAACCCGAGCAUCAGUCUUCUUGCUUUAACACUGAGAAAUGUUUUACAUCUACUGCGGUAACUCACAGAGAAAUGCCCCUCAGUUUUGUUGGACUUUUCUUGCAGCAUCUUUUGCUCUAGGCUAUGAAGUCUGUAUGCCUACGUGGGAGGUGGCAGUGUAAUGAUCUAGCUCAUCAUUACCGCAUCAUUUUUGGUUUAUUACAACUUCAGUCUUCCUUGUAGCUUUCAUUGUCAUCUCUAUUUGUUAUAUUAUCAUACCCGGCGAAGUAAAUCCUGGGAUCUGAAGGCACAGUAACAUCAUUAUAGCACAUAAAAUAGAACGGUGUAAGGAAUGCGAGUGGUCAUGUGAUAACACACACACACA